CAAAUGAACAAAUCAACAAGGGCCGUGACGAGGAUUCGAACCUACGUCCGAGAGCAUCCCAGACGCUGCCUUAUCCUCGUCACGGCCCUUGUGGAUUUGUUCAUCUAAUAAGGAAACUUUUCUUAAUAAGACUACCCAAUAGCUCGGUCGAUAGAGCUUCGGCCACACACACGUGGGGUCCACGGUUCGAAUCUCCUCUUGGGUGGCUUAAUCAUCGUCAAUCUUAUUCUCGCUCACUGCUCAAGAGGAUCUCGGAUUGGGAUAGAAGUAUUCACUCUACAUGUCCUCGUGUUUUAAAAAUAGUAGAGUAUUAUUUUAACUGAUUAGUGCUAUAAUGUUCCCUUGUCACGAGAGGCGGCGCUGCCCUACUAUGACUUGGGAGAUGCAGCGUCACUGUCCUAAGAUGUCAUGGGAGACGCGACAUCACCUGUUCCAGGAGAGGCGUCGCUAUUCCAGUAUAGUGUGGGAGAGACAGUAUCACAUCUCUCAGGAGAGACGCUCCUGCUCCAAGAUAUCAUGGGAGACGCAGCGUCAAUACCAGAAGAUAUCCUGGAAGACGCAGCAUCACCUGUUCCGGAAGAAGCGUCGCUGCUCAAAGAUGUUUGAGAGGCGACAUCACCUGUCCCUGUUGAGUGCCUUCAUCACCCUGCUGGCCGGAGCCCACACUCUACAAGCGUCGUCAGUAGCAGGACUGCAGGAGGACGGCGUGGCCCGGCGCGACUCGUGGCUCACCUGGCGUCACACGCUGCCUACCCUCCCCGCCUUCACCUUCUGUGUGAGGCUCUACCCCUUCCGCACCCGCUACUCUGACUACUUCUUCUCGUACGCCGUCAAACACAACGACAACGAACUCGCUCUAAACCUGAAGUAUGACACCAAGGAGCUGCAGUUUGCGUGCUGCUCCAAGCGGAUAUUCAAGGCCUUGCGGGUCGACGUGGGGCUCCUAAGGUGGUUCUCCUUCUGCAUUGCUGUCGACCUGUCGGCUCACCGCGCCACCUUUCUCCACCAGGACUCAGUCGAACACUUCAUGCUGGUUGACUCGUUCCAGGUAAACAAGUCGAUCAUGAUGGAGUCUGGGGGCAGCGUUGUGAUCGGGCAGGACCAGGAUGAGCCUCUGAGCGGGUACGACAAGCGUCAGAGCUUCAGUGGCUUCAUCGCUGACCUCUACCUCACUCAGAGUCUCCUCACUCUUGAUCAGAUGAAUGAUUAUGUACACUGUAGAACAGACGCGUUAUUGACUCAUCAACAUUUAAUGGAUUUUGUAAAUAUUCGAGAAGAUUUUAUGUUUGGGGUGGAAGCAAGCGUCGUGAGCAGGGUGAACCCUUGCCGCCCCAACAGCAACAAGUUCUUCUCCAUCUUCCCGGAAGCACGAAGCAUGAAAGAAUGUAGCCAUUUCUGCUCUAUACUUAACGGCAACGUUCCUAUCCCACUGAAUGAUGAAGAAAAUAUAGCUUUAUUCAACGAAGGGUCUGAUUUUGCAGACAAAUGCACGGCGUUUGAUAAAAGCAACAGUAUGUGGAUUGGUAUACAAUGGGCCCCUAAUGAAUCUUUGUGGAAAAACCAAAUUACCAAUAGAGAAGCUGUUUACAAAAAUUUUAAAAUUGAAAUUUUACCCUCUUCGGGAAAAGUUGUGUGUGUUACCGCGAGUACUCUUAAUGCCACGCCGGAAGCCACCCAUAAGUAUAACUGGAAUAUGGAAGAGUGUGAAAGAAAGUUAUGCACCGCUUGUCAAUUCGAAAACCCCGUUCCACUGAAGCUUAGAGGCCUGUGUGCCGCAUCAUUGUUUGACCGAGAAUAUUAUAUAUAUGAUACCUUUAACUAUCGGCCGAUCUUCAAUGGGUACAGCUCGUCAAAAAUUAUCUGGAGCGUUAACCAAUCUGUCACAUACUGGUUGCUGUACCAGAUAAAUAAUCCACACAUCCAGGCAAGGAUGAUGACCACCUCGGAGCUAUUGUAUCCUGUGGGUGUACACAAAUUUGAAAUUUCUGGCGAUAAUUGUGAGAAUCAGAUGCAUACAUUAAAACUCACUUCCUGCAGGCAGAACAUGUUUACAUGCGGAGACGGCAAAUGUAUAGACCUGAACCAGCGGUGCAACUUAGAACUGGACUGUGACGACCACAGUGACGAGCUCAACUGUGAAACUCUCAUCGUCCCUCCUGGCUACGAGAAAAGACUUCCACCUCCUAAGGUCAACAGCUAUACUCCUGCCUCGGUUUCCAUCGACUGCAAAAUACUUUUAGUCCGCAAGCUCGACCUGAUCAACUCACAACUCGUUAUGGACAUCGUCAUCAGGAAAACUUGGUAUGACUCGCGUCUUCACUAUAAAAACCUCCACUCGGACAACAACCUAAACCAAAUUGACGAUAUAAACCUUGUAUGGUUCCCAGAGGUGACCAUGCUGGGUUCCGACUUCAGCCAAGCAACAACUGAGCGGCUCCGGACAGCUGCUUGGGGUCAGCGAACCUCUCGCCCCUUGCCCGACGACGACCGCCUCAUCGAUGAAGAUGUGUUGUACUCAGGGACUGAGAACCCGCUGGUUCUGGACCGGGAGUUCACUGUGACACUUAUGUGUACCUUCGACCUUACGCUCUACCCCUUCGACAUGCAGCGCUGCCCCUUGGUCAUCUACGUCGGCGUGUACACCCACCAGUACGUCGUCACAACGCUCGACGGCAUCACCUUCCUUGGCGCCAGACGUCUCCUCGAGUACCGGGUGACGGGCCUCACGCACCAACCCAUUCUCUUCCAGAACAAGAGCGGCCAGCACAUCAGGAUCCAGCUGGCUAACCUGUACUGGUACUACAUCAGCGGCGCCUACGUCCCCACCACCCUUCUCGUCAUCAUCUCCUACCUCGCCUUCUAUUUCUCCCUCGACGACUUCACCAACAGAGUCAUGGUCUCCCUCACCUCCCUCCUCGUCCUCGCUUCGCUCUUCUCCCAGAUCGCCUCCGGCCUGCCCAAGACUUCCUACUUGAAGCUGAUAGACGUGUGGUUCAUCUUCUGCAUCUUGGCAGACUUUAUUAUGGUGUCAGUGCAAGUGACCAUCAACGCCUUCAUGCAGGCCCCAUCACCUACCGUAGUAGCACCCAUGUCUCCGGGACGUAGUGUGAUCAAGAGGCAAUACAAGGGCAAGCAGAGGCGGCGGCAGCUGGUGGACCCGCGCUCAUGGAAUUCCGGCGCUCAGGUCGUCCUGCCCGUACUGAUGGGCGUCUUCGUCAUUGGCUACUUCGGCUUCGUCGGCUACCACACCAGGAUGAUCCAUGAUGAGUUUCAAAGUUAACCGGCUCCAAACUUAUCCCAAAGAAAUAAAAUUUACAAAACACAACAGAUGAUUUAAUAAGUUCAU